UUUCAUCCACCAAAUCUAUCGACUUCGCUCCCCGCUCUCUCUCUCGACCUUCUCUGCGAAUCCCGUCUCGAGGAGAGGAGUUCCAAAGAAAACCGAAGAACAGAAAGAAUGGUAAGGAGGAAGAAGAUGAAGCAGCGCUUCACCUUCUUCUCCUCCUCUUGAGAUUCAUGGCCGCUUCUCAGCACCGCUGCGUUUUUGUGGGGAAUAUACCUUAUGAUGCCACUGAGGAACAGCUUGUAGAAAUCUGCCAGGAGGUUGGUCCUGUUGUAUCUUUCAGACUAGUUAUUGAUAGAGAGACUGGAAAACCAAAGGGUUACGGGUUUUGUGAGUACAAGGAUGAAGAGACUGCUCUAAGUGCUCGUCGUAAUCUUCAGGGUUAUGAGAUCAAUGGCCGGCAAUUACGAGUGGAUUUUGCUGAAAAUGACAAAGGCACUGAUAGAAGUCGAGAUCAGGGUCGUGGUGGACCAGGAUUGACUGCUAAUGUUGAUCCUCAAAAGCAAGGAGGGGGGCUAUCUGUUCAUGCAGAAUCUCUUCAACAUCAGCCAAUUGGUCUCCAUAUAGCUAUUACUGCAGCUACUGCCAUGGCAGGAGCUCUAGGUGGUGCUCAGUCUGGUUUGCAGAAUCAAUUGGCAUCACCAAAUGAUCCCUUGACACUUCAUCUGGCCAAAAUGUCUAGGGGUCAGUUGAAUCAAGUUAUGUCGGAGCUCAAGGUAAUUGCUACACAAAACAAAGGGCUAGCUCGUCAACUAUUGCUUGCAAGGCCACAGUUGCCAAAAGCCCUCUUCCAGGCACAAAUAAUGCUUGGAAUGGUGAGCCCACAAAUGUUGCAGAUGCCAAAUAUCAGGCAAGCUUCGGGUCAUACCUCACAGCCUCCAUUCAACAAGGCCCAGCAGGCUCAGUCACCUGCACUUCAAACCCCCGCUGAGUUGCACCCUCCUGCACCUAAUAAGUUGCAGUCUGGGUUGGUGCCCAAUGUCCAAGAAGGCCAAUUUGCAGCUGUACCUCAAAAUCCAUUGGGUAGAAGCCAGUUUUCUGCACCCCAACAGCAACCCAUGCAGCCUCGAAUGCAGCUUCCACAACAUGUAAACCACCACAUUUUGCAACAGGCCCCAUUGCUGGGGCAAUCUGGAGUUCCAACAUUUCCUCCCAUACACCCUCAGUCUUCAAGUGGUUUGUCCUUUCGACCCCAAACUCAGCUUACGAAUUCUUCUAGUUCAAACCAGAAAAUGCAGCCUCCUCUGAUACAGCAUCCGGGUCAGGUUGGACGUGCCAACUUUGGGCAUAACACUCGGAUGGUUAAUCCAAUUGCUACUGUACAGCAUUCUUCUUUACCUCGUCCUCUAUCUGAAGCCAGCUUUCAGGUAAUCAACAAGGAUGCUGAUAGAUCUUUUCAAGCGGUUAACGAUUCAGUAGAAUCAGUUAAGCGCCCUUCAAAGCUAAUGAAAUUGGAUGAUGGAAGUAGUAGCACUUUGUCAAGAGUGGGUCUUGAUGUGCCUCUUGCCAAUGGAUCCGUAUUGCCCCAUGCUUUGCCUGUGAAGCCUGUUCAUAAGUCAGAAGAAGUACAGCACUCUGAGAAACAGAUUUCUCAGUCUCAGCUUCCACCUGGAGUAGAGUCUGCUCUACUACAACAAGUUUUGAGCCUAACACCUGAAAAACUGAGCUCAUUGUCUCCGGAACAGCAACAAGAAGUAAUAAAGCUCCAACAGAUGCUUCGGCGAGAUCAGAUUCAGCCAUCGUAGCAGAGUCAUAAAUGGCGGUUUUGAUGCAGGAAUUUGUUACAUGUGCAGGCACCAACUUGGUUGCCAGAAUAACGAAAGGUAUGGUAUUGAUUCAAUCCAUUUUGAUUGUUUGUAACAGUAUGUUCACUUAAAGAGUUAGAUCAGAGGAUCCGCAGUGGAGCACUAUCGUAUUCAUGAAAGCUUAGGCCAGCUUGUGUUUUAGUCUUGUCCGUAAGUUAGUUAGAAUAGGAAAAUUUUGUCUGGAUCACAACGUUUAAAUUUACGUUCCCUUGCUAAAAUUUGUUCGUUCACUUUUGAAAA